AAUACAAAAAAAAAAAUUAAAUAAAAAUCAAACAAACCGUGCAUAGCACGGACUUCAUUUAGUAAUUGUAUUAAACUAAUGAUAAAUAUUAAAAUUACGGGAUCUAAUCCGGUGGCUCUCUAAACACAAAAAAAAAUAAAGGGAUUCCUUGUUUUCAUCUAGAAAUUUCGGAUAUUUUGCAAAUUAGGUCUCCAACGAAUUCUGUUUACCCUAGUUAUAUUCAUCAAUUCCUGAUGCAAGCGUUAAAAUUUAAAGCUUUAACAAUACGAAGAUAACGAAAACCCCAGUCAAAAUCUUCUGUUUUCGGUACGUUUGCUAAACUCUAGUUUGAGCUUUAUAAUAUGUAAGCGUAAAUGCAUAAGUAACUUUUUAUGUUGAUUUUUUGUUCGAAAUAUCAAAUUAAGCUGAAUUAUAGUUUGUUGAUUUUAAUUACCAAUUUUAAACGAACUAUAUUCUUAGUUCUUUGGAUGCUUUCUUAUGUCAAUUGGAAUUUGACAUUGGUAUGAAUUAGUUUUCGAAAUUCGAAAUUUUAGCAAUUGCAGGAGUGAUUUGGAGCUUAUUUUAUAUUCAGAGAUCUCAAAUUAGCUAAUAUUAGAUAGAUUAUAGAUUAUUAAUAAUUGAAAUAUAGAAGUUUCUAGAGAAAUAUAAAACAAUUGUCAACAAAUUAGGGUUUUGGAAAUUAAUAGCUGAUUAUGAAUAUAGAAGUUUCCUAGGCAAAUUAGUGCUUCUAGUAAAAAUUGUAGUUAUUAUUCAAUCAUAGAAUUCAUAGUAUUCAGCUAUUAAAAAUUUAGUUGAAUUAUAGUUUACUAGGCAAAUUAAUGAUUGAUAAACUCUUAAAAAGCAUUCGCGGUUUUUAUUGCAUGGAAGGUGAAAACCCUAGUUACUUAUUAGUAGUUUGGCUCACUUAGGAUCCAUUUUGUUCGACGAAAAGUUGUAUAUGGGAAAAUUGCAAUUGAUGACCCUUUGUUUGGUUCUUUGGUAGUUUUACAUUGCAAUCCCCUUAGUUCGGGGUGACAGAUACAUGAUCUCCAUGACUUCUUAUUGCCAAUUUACCACCAUAGACCCAAACUCCUUCUGCCAUAUUGCUAUAUUGCUGCUAGCUGCUGAAACCCAUUGUCGCCCACUUGUGAGUGUCCCACAUUGGAGAAAGAGGAGAGAUGAUUCCACUUUAUAAGGUAGAGAAGUUACUCCUACUAUUGUCACUAUUGUCAAUUGGUUUUAGUAUGAAAGCUCUUAAGCCUCGUGUAUGGACCAAACUCUCCUCCUCCUUGUUCGGAUUGUCGGACCCAUUUCAUAUUCUCUCAAAAUUUAACACCAGCCUGCCAUGAUGACCUUUGCAAGUGUUACUGAACGACGAGGGAGAAAGCUGUCCAAAAUCUAUAGUAUAUAAGUAAAAGGAGAGAGGUUGAUUUAUAGGUCUUUGUUGCCAGGGAAUUUCUGAUGCUUAUGACAUUCAAAGGCCGCACCUUAGUGUUUACUGUUUGGCCAUACGAAAACCUAGCUUGUGUGCAUACAUAGCUCUAACUUUUGGGUAAAAUUUAACAGACAAAUAUACUUACACAGCCACACAUGAUUAAAGAAAAGAACUAACUUUUGGGUAAAAUUUAACAGACAAAUAUACUUACACAGCCACACAUGAUUAAAGAAAAGAAGAUUAACGCCUAUAUAUAACUUAUUAUCUUGUACAUUCUCAUGAUCCUUAGAUGGUCCAGGUGCUCUUUGAAUGUCUGCUUGCUGUGAUGUUGUAAUUGCAAGAUCAAGGCUUGCAUUUCUUCAAAAGAAAUACUGAUUAAAUCCAUCAUAGGAGGGGUUGGAAUUGAAUUUACUUUGGCCAGACUCGACCUGGUUCACUCAUCAUUCUAGGAUUGAGAGGAGAGAAAAGAAGUCAUGAAAGGCAAACAAACUUGGUGGUUCAGGACAUUCGGGUUUAAGAUGGCGUAACUGAUGGAAAGUAUAGGGUAGUCUAUAUAUUAUAUAUUUGUUUUGUAAUUGCAAUCUUUGCACCAUUUGUAAGAUGUGGUCUCUUUUGUAUGCCAGCUUACUUUGAUAUGAACUCUUUUUAGAUUUGGUUUUAAACAAGAUUGUGUCUAAAUUGAUUUAGGGUGUCCAAAGACCAAACUCUAAAUUGUUGAUUUGAACAGACAGUCAUUGUUUGUCAUAGUGGCUUUGCUUCGGUGGCCUAAAUUGAUUUAGGUUGUCCAAAAUCCAAAAAAAUUGUUGAAGUGAACAGAUUAUGUCUAAAUCUAAUUGUUAUCGAAACUGAUAAACUGAAUUUUGAUUAAAAAAAAAAGGCCUUAAUAUAUUGUGUGUCAAUCAAUGUCUGAGGUUUUUGGUUUCUCAAUUUUGUUGCCCUCACAUUAGUUUGAGCUAUAUUUGGUCUAAUUUAUGACCUUCAUGAUCACUCUUAGUUGGAAUUGGUUUGCUUCUUCUACCAAAAUUUGAUAUAGGAUAUAUUCAAUUUAGCUGUUACACUAUUUAAUUGAAUUAAAUUUUGAUACACUGUACUGAAUUGAAUUUAAAUGUGCUGAAUUAUUUAUAGCUUUAUUGUAAUGAAUCUAAAUUGUCUGAAUUGAAAAUAGCACACCGUUAGUAUCUUGUUUCAAUGCACCAUUUGUAUUUUUGAGUAAAUUUCAGUGUAUCUGCUUAUCACUAAUAUCAUUUUGAUUUAUUUGCUUUAAUGCAGUUUCAAUUAUACUGAUGAUCAUUAGGAUAGUGUAUUUUAAAUUUUUGUUCAUUUAUACUCUGUUAUUGUUGUAUUAUAAGGUUUCAAUGUCAAGCCCGGGAAACUUAAUGCUUUAAUGCAGUUUUAACUAUACUGCUGUAAGUGCUGUUACUUUGGAGGGUCUAUUUCAAAUCCUUGUUUAUAUAUACUUGGUUAGUUGGAUACUGUUGUACUAUAAGGUUUCAAUGUCAAGUCUAGGGAACCUAAGGCGUAUUAAAAAAGGUGUAGACCACAUCAGUAACCUACCAGAUACAGUUCUAUGCUAUAUUUUAUCUUUUCUCACUACAAAGUCUGCUGUUAAGACCAGCAUAUUGUCUAAAAGAUGGAAGCAUGUAUGGACCAAAGUUCCUGCACUUGACUUCACUGAGAUAGUUAAUAUUUCGACGGAUCGACAGCUCUCUUUGGAGGAAAAGAUUUGUCUUAAGGAUUGCAUCGAUAAGGUUCUUCUUCAUAAUGAUGCAUCUUAUGUCCAACGAUUUUGCUUGGAUGUUAUGGAUGUUGAUGCCUUUUAUGUCAAUUCAUGGCUGAUUGCCGCAUCAAGGCGUGAAAUGCAUGAGAUAAAUAUCGCCCUUAAUGUUAAAACUUUGAAUGUAUUAUGUCUACCUCCGAGGUUUCUUUUAAGUGAGAAACUCACAGUUUUAAAACUGCAAGGGCCAAUAAGUAUCAGUGCCUCGGCGUCUUUCCAUUUACCCAACCUGGAAAUCAUCCAUCUCAGUAAGUUUAAGUUUCCUGAUGAUGAAUUCAUGAAAAGGUUGUCAUCCAGCUGCCUUGUUCUUAGGGAGCUGCACAUUGUCAACUGUUGUGUCAAAGCUACAAUCUGUGUGGAGUCCUUAUCCCUAAAAUCAUUAAUAAUAAGAAAAACUCGUACUUCUCAAGAGAAGGUAUCUUUUGCUGUUAAAACACCAAACCUUACAUACCUUGUUCUUGAUGAGUUUUGGGUAUCAGUUGACAUUGGAGAGAUGAGAUCACUCAAUGAAGCAGAAGUCAAUUUUUUUGUCAAUGAUUUUCAAGUGAAGGAGCUUUUAUCAAAAGUUUCUGGGGUAAAAUAUUUGCACUUAAAAUCUGAAGCAUUAUUAACAUCAAGAGAGCUACCAGUCUUUCCCAAUUUGAUCUGGUUAAAGUGUCACGCUGAGAAGAAGUUGUCUAAGCCAUUACAUUGCGCUCCAAAGUUGAAAUCGUUGAUUAUCCUAUAUUUUAAUGAGAAUUCUCCAUUCGAUCCCAAAUUUGCACCCGAGCGUCUGCCAUGCCUUGAAAGUGUUGAAAUCUGUAGCUUUUGUGGUAAUGAAGAAGAACUCAACAUGAUAGCAUACUUUUUGAAGGCUGCAACUGCUUUGAAGGAGAUGAAAAUCAUCUUUGAUUGUUGUAUUACUUCUGAUGUUACUACUGUUUUGUCUGUUUGUCAGGAGUUAUUAGAUAUUCCUAGAUCUUCAGCUGUUUGUCAAGUUAAAAUUUCUAAAACCGACCUGUUGUAUUUUGAAUCCUUGUUUAUUUAUACUUGGUUAUUGUUGUUCUGUAAGGUUUCAAUGUCAAUCCCAUGGAACCGAAGGCGUCUUAAAGACGUAGACCACAUCAGUAACCUACCAGACACGAUUCUAUGCCAUAUAUUAUCUUUUCUCACUACGAAGUCUGCUGUUAAGACCAGCAUAUUGUCAUAUAGAUGGAAGUAUGUAUGGACCAAAGUUCCCGUACUUGACUUCACUGAAGAAAAGAAGACUUCGGGGGAUCAACAACACUCUUUGGAGCAAAAGAUUUGUUUCAAGAGUUUCAUGGAUAAUGUUCUACUUCAUAAUGAAGCAUCAUAUAUCCAACGAUUUUGCUUGAAUCUUUCUAAUGCUGAUGCCUUUUAUGUCAAUUCAUGGCUGAUCGCCGCAGCAAGGCGUAAAAUACAUGAGUUAAAUAUCAUCCUUAACCAAUAUAUGGAUAUCUGCCUACCACCAAGGUUUCUUUUCAGUGAGACACUCGUGGUUUUAAAUCUGCAUGGGUCUUUAAAUAUCGGUGCCUCGGUAUCUUUCCAUUUACCGAAUCUGGAAACCAUCCAUCUCAGGAACCUUAAGUUUCCUGAUGAUGAAUUUAUGAAAAAGCUGUCAUCCAAUUGUCCCGUUCUUAGAGAGCUGCACAUUGUCAAUUGUGUUGUCAAAGCAAUGCUCUGUGUGGACUCCUUGACCCUAAACUCAUUAUUAAUUAAGAAUACUCGUACCAUUCAUGGGUUGGAGCAGGCUUGUAUCGUUAUAGAAACAUCAAACCUUGCAUACCUGUGUAUUCACGAGUUUUGGGUAUCAUCAAUUGACAUUGGAAAUAUGAGUUCACUCAUUAAAGCAGAUCUUUGUUUAGACCAACUUAAUGGUGAUGAAGUAGAAAAGGUUUUAACAAAAGUUUCCGGGGUAGAAACUUUGCAAUUAAGAUUUGAAGUCUUCCUAUUAGUAACGGAGCUACCAGUCUUUCCAAAUUUGACCUGGUUAGAGUAUGUAGCUGACGAGGAGUUGUCUAAGAUGUUAUAUUGCGCUCCUAAGUUAAAAUCGUUGCUUCUUAAAUAUUUUGACUGCGGUGACCGAUUUGAUCCAGAAUUCGCGCCCAAGCAUCUGCCAUGCCUUGAAACAGUAGAAAUCUGUGGCUUCAUUGGUCUAGUAAAAGAACUCGACACAGCAGAAUACUUUUUGAAGGCUGCAUCAGCUUUGAAGGAGAUGAAAAUCAACUUUCAUCGUUGUGCUACUGAUUCUGAUGUUACUAGUUUUUAUCAGGGGUUAUUGGAUCUUCCUAGAUCCUCAGCUGUUUGUCGAGUUAAAAUCACCAAUCCAUUUUGCUGUAAAUUGGUUAAGUGGAAUUAAUUCCCUACCUGUUAAGGGAAUUCUGCACUGUAUCUGUGAACAUGAACUAAACUAUAAAUCAAUGUUGGACAUACAUUUAAUCUUUUGGUUUAUUUA